GAAGUUACUACUUUCGUUUUUGAAGACGCCAGAAAUUCGUUGACUAUCCAAACUGCAACUAUUUAAAUCAUAAAACCACAUGUGAAAGUAAUGAGUUGUGUACUUAAGAUAUUCGAGUAACUAUCGGAAAGGACUUUCGUUCCACAGUCACCAAAAACAAAAUUGAUUUGGCAGCCUGUCCACACCGAACAGAAUCUGUCGAAAAAACGGGAAUUGGUCGAAACAGAAAACAGUUUUCUCCAUAUUAGGCACUCAGAAAAAUGGAUGCAGUUCCCGGACGAAAGGCACAAAUUGCAUCUGGAUCGGCUCCUGACGUCACCUACUGCCAGCCAUGCGCGGAGGACGGCAAGAAAAUCCUCCCCGAGGCCUUCUGUCCCGUCUGUAAGGAGUUCCUGUGUUCUAACUGUGCCCGAGUUCACCGAAACCAGAAAAUAACCAAAAGCCACGCCCUCCAGGACAAGGACAGUAUGCCUUCCUCAUUCCAUGAAGAAAGUGAAGAUGAAAAGUUUACAGAAACAUGUCAGCUUCAUGCUAAAGAGUUUAUUAAAUAUUACUGUUCGUGCCAUGAUGCACUUUUGUGUGGAGACUGUUUGAUUGAGAAUAAAGAGCAUCGCUCAUGUAAGGUAGAGAAAAUUUCGCAAGUGGCAAAACAAUACAAGCAGGGAGCAGAAUACAACAACCUUAAAACAGGACUUGUCCAGAUGUCCAGUGACAUCGGCAAACUUUCACACAACAUACAGGCGAUUAUGAAAUCAGUAGAAGAAGAAAGCCUUACAAAUAUAAAUGAGCUUCGCAAAUUCAGGACUGAAAUUAACCAGUACCUGGAUAAGAGGGAAAACGAACUCUUGGCAGAAAUUGAUCAGAAGAAACGGACAUCCAAGACACUGCUUGAUGAACUGAAAUCAAAAUGCACAAACAUGAAAUCAUCCAUUGAGAAACUAAAGUCGGAGCUACAAGCACAGGACGACAUCAGCAACCAGCUAUUAAUAGUAGGAAAACGAGCUAUAAAAGAGCUGACAGGUCUCCAGACAGCUCUGCAACAGGUGAGGAGGAGAAGUGAAGUUCCCAGAUACAAGUUUCACAGGGACCCCGCAACUGAGCAGUUAAUAGCUUCUGAAAAAGCAAUAGGAGGGUUGGAAGAUGGCGAAUCAACUUCGGCGUUAGUGGACCAACAACGACAACAGCAGACGACGCAGGAACAAUGGCAACAGGAGACGAUGCAACAACAUAAAAAACACAUGAAAGCUGUAUCACAAAAAGGCGAAUCAACUUCGGCGUUAGGGCAUCAAGAACGACAACAACAGAAUGAGCAGCAGCCACGGCAACCCGUGACGAUGCAGCAAAAACAAAAACACAUGCAAGGUGUAUCACAAAAAGCCCACUUCAAAGGCAGAGCAGACCUAAGCCAGGCCAAGUUCAGCAGACAGCCUGACAUUUCAGUGAAGACAUCAGUAGAUAGCAGUGACUGCUUGCUGACCAGUGUGGUCCUUCUUUCCGUGGAAAGGCUCCUACUGGUAGAUCGCUAUAAUUACUCAUUGAAGCUGGUGGACACCAAUAACAACAAGGUGGUGUCGCAGGUGAAAGUGUCAAGUGAGCCGUGGGGCAUGUGUCUCCUGCCCGGGGACAGGGCAGCCGUCACUCUGCCCAUGGAGGGGAAGAUACAGUUCGUAUCUACUAAGGGAAAUGCCACACUACAGGAUGUUGUUAAAGUAGAUGGACAAUGUUGUGGAAUAGAUUUCUGUGAUGACAACUUGAUAGUGUCCUUCAUCCACCCAUGUAAGGUUGUGUUGAUGGACAUGAAGGGAAAUGUGAAGAAGAGUGUGGACAAAGACAGCAUUGGAAAACCUUUGUUUCAGGAUCCCUGGUAUCUGGCAGUGACCAGAGAGAACCAGACUCCUCCGGUCAUAUAUGUCACAGACUGCCGCACCAACACCAUAACCAAGCUGAGCAUCUCACUAGAGGUGCUCCAGUCGUACCAAGACCCGAUACUGAAAUCACCAUGUGGUCUGGCAGCUGUGGAGGACAACCAGCUGCUCGUGUGUGGGUGGACCAGUAACAACAUCCUGUUACUGAACACGCUCACCGGCAAGAUAACCCAACUGCUGGGGAAGGAAGAGGGGAUAAAGUGGCCAUUAAGUGUGGCUUACUGUUCACUGAGGAAGAUGUUGUUUGUCACCUGCAAUCACUCUGGCAGACCUGAAUUGAAGAAUUUCGUAAAAGUAUUCAACUUAGUAUAGAUCAAGUGUGCCAAUUAAUAUGAGUGAAAUCUGUAUCAGGUGUGAACUAUUUGUUAUGUUUAAGAAUAAUUCUGAUGUAUAGUUUCAUACUGAUACAAUGCUAUCACAUAUCGCGCAAUUCCAUUACUGUGAGAAUUUUUGACGGACACUUGACUUUUAAAUUAUUUUGAAUUCUUACAGUUUUCAUUAGUGACAAGUCGUGUUGUAAUUUGUUAUAAGGCAUGUAUAUACGAGUAUGGGGAUGUGUAUUAUUAAUUGAAAUGUUAGUAGUUGAUUGUGUAUGAAUUAUACUAACAGGUUUGCUUCUUACCACAUAUAAACGGAGUUUAUGGAAAAUGUGUGAAUGUUAAGUCAAACAUCGUAUUGUGUAAUUGAUUGACUAAGAAUAUAGAUUAUAGAGUAAUAGACAAGGUGUGUCAUUUUUAUGCAGCUUGUAUUUAGUAAAUAUCAUGUUUAUAAUGUGUUUAUAUUGAAAUUAAACAUAUAUGUACGUAUCCUUAUACAUGUAUAUUGAAUUAAUAAUUCUAUAGACAUGGACCUUAGUGUGAAUUGUUUCCAAAAGAUGGACUGAAUUAUUUAAACAGACAUUGACCAUAGUUAAAAUAGUUUUCUCAUGUAUUAAUUGAAUGAUUCAUCAGCCAUUGACCAAUGUGCAACUUGUUUUAUCAUAUAAUUAUUGAAUAAAUUAU